CCGAUCGUGACAACCUCAUUGAUUGCAAUUACCACCGAUUUGAAGUCAUUCGACCAAAGUAGCUGGAUACUUUCCUCGUAUAUUCUUGGCUACGUUAGUAAGUUUGAUAUCACCAGAAAAGCUUUUGCCUUCAACUACUGAAGUUUCCGGUGUAGGUAUGGUUAUAAUCUGGUCGAAGCUCAGUGAUAUCUUGGGACGAAAAGUCAUUGCUUUGACUGUCUUGACAAUCUUUACAGCUUUCUCUGGAGCAUGUGGGGCAUGUCAGACUAUGAAUCAACUGUGAGCUUAAUUAAGAUAUCCUGUAAUGUUUUCUGUCUCUAAAUGAUACUGAUACAGCAUAAUAUUCCGAGCUGUUCAAGGAUUAGGUGGUGGUGGGAAUUUCGCUCUCGGGUCAAUCAUCUUCGUGGAGCUGGUUCCUAAGGAGUUGUAUCCCAACUACACGAGCGGAAUUUCGGUUGUAUUCUCCUUAUCUCUUCUACUUGGGCCAAUUGUUGGAGGGGCUCUAAACAAAUCGGACAAGUGGCGAUGGGUGUUUUUGCUCAAGUUAGCCAUUUUUCUCAAUUCCUCUACCUUUUGAAUCCGGAAGCUGAUCGAUUUGGUAUAGCGUGCCCAUUGGAUGCAUGUGUAUAGCAGCAAUCGUUUUAUGUCUUCCAGCAGACUUUCCUAAUCAAGGCCGGGAAGCCAGUGUUCAACACGAUCAUCGAGGGUUUCGUGCUUUAUGGAAGAAAGGGACAUUUUUGAAGGUCGACUUCAUCGGCGCUGGUGUACUUCUUGUAGCUACUACAUUCCUCGUAGCUGCUCUUGAGGAAGCAGGACAGGAUUACGCGUGGAAUUCGGCAUUUGUGAUUGCUUUGUUGACAAUCUCAGGGGUUAUGUGGUUGGCAUUCGUAUAUUGGGAACGAAUGCACACAUUGAGAUCCAAACACAGUGAGCCCGUGUUCCCCUGGAGACUUAUGACUAGUCGAGUAUGGGUAGGAAUCAUCUUGUGAGUCUGCAGAUAUAUCCUAAUGUAAUAGCUUUGUCGCUAACCACCAAUCACUGGUAGGAAUGGUCUCUUUCUAGGCGCACCAUGGAUUGUCACCAUUUUCCAGCUUCCUCAACGAUUUCAAGUCGUGAAUCACGCUACUGCUCUUAGUGUAGGACUUCUUCUUAUCCCUUUUACCGUCGCGUGUCCAUUUGGAUCUGCUAUCAGUGCCACCAUAGCGGGAAAGCUUAAAGUGCCUCCUCUAUACAUGGUGAUUUGCGCUUCAUGUCUGCAGAUAGUUGGGUUUGCACUUCUAUCUAGUUUACCUUUGUCUAUCGAAGAAUCCAGAGCACAAUAUGGAUACCAGGUCAUUGCUGGGCUUGGAGUUGGAAUAAACAUAUCUACGUUGAUCAUAAUGGUACCCUGUUCGAUUAAAGAAAAACGAGAUCUUUGUAAGCUCCCUCCUCAAAAGUACCCAGACUGCUUUUCUAAUCUUUCAUUACCAGCGGUUGCUCUCGGAUCUCUCUUCCAUUUUCGAAUUAUGAGGGGUGUCAUAGGACUCGCUAUAGUCACAGCUGCGUAUAAAGGUUAUGUUAAUUCGCACUUGGAGGAAUUCUUGACAUCAGAGGAGCGAACUCAGCUCCUGAUAUCAGUUGAGAACAUAUCUUUGUUCGAUACUAAAACAGAGGACCAUAUUCGGUCGGUGUUUGCUGGAGGCUAUAAUCUUCAGUUCCGUAUAUUAAUUGCAUUCUCUGCGGCGCAAAUACCGUCGUCAUUCCUGAUGUGGCAACGGAAGCAAGUUCUGAUUUGAAAUGUCUCGAAAUAGAGUGUUGCAAGAUAUAAAACGGUGGCACAGAACGUUGGCAAGGCUGGAAAUGAACUGAGAUGGAUUUAAACCCCCAUUCUUUGACUCACUCCCUUGAAGUGAUUAGUUGAUUUCGAAACCAAUACAAUAUCCUUCCUACUGAGCGUACAAUGCCUUCUGAAUCACACUAAUUACCACCCUGACCGCAUUUUGUACUCCAACUCUGUGAGAGUUGUUAAGGAUACAUGCGUUACUGUGUGAUGUAGCAAACGUGAAGAUAUGAAGUACUUACGCCCCCUGACCGUCUGCUGCAGAAUUUAAAUGAGUCUGGUGAAUAACGGAAAAUUGAGAACCAGUUUAUAAGCUAUGAAGCUAUUGAAAAGUGGAUUCCGUCCAAUAGAAGGUGAUAGGAUGGUAUUCUUGAUGUAACUGUUGGUAUGACCAACCAACAACCAACAGAACAACGACGACUACCUUGCCUCCCCAUCGUACCUUUCAAAACAGCCAGAUAACAUACCAAAGAUAACAAGAGCUCCCAAGAUGACGUUCGCAACAGUGGACGGAGUAGCCCCCAUCACAGGAGUAAGACAGCUUCCACGGAUCUACAAAUACACACACAGAAUAUUCUAAUCCACCACAGGCCGGUGCAGGAAUCGGCGGAGAAACAGGCUACGCCUUCGCAGAAGCAGGUAAAUUUGAUUCCUCAAAGUCGAGGCUCGAGACGAGUCCAAAUUCAGCUUGGACUUUGCUCCAAUUGACCAUACUCAAAAGAUUCUACUGACUCUGAUACAGUGUGCCAUAGGAGCUUCAGGCGUGGUUUUCGCGGAUAUCAACUAUGAAAACGCCCUCGCAAACGCCGAGAAAAGCAAAGCCCACGCAACAAAUCCAAACUACCGAGCAAUAUCAACACAAGUCGACGUCAGCUCCCCCGAAAGCGUUCAAGCAAUGGUAGAUCUCACAGUCCAAGAAUUCGGGAGGAUCGAUUACAGCGUAAAUAGCGCGGGUGUAAGUUUAUUCCCCUUCUUACACUUACAUCUCUAACGAUUCCUCUUGUUUGCAGCUUGGAGCCACGUCUCUCCUUCCAACCCAGGAUGUCGACAUCAAGAACUUCGAUGGGACGUUCGAAGUCAACACCAAAGGCGUUAUGCUAUGCGUCCGAGCGGUGUGCAAAGUUAUGAUGUCGCAGGAACCACGUACGCAUAAGGGUCGACAUGGCAAGGAACGUACUCUGGGUCGUGGGUGUAUAGUCAACCUUGCUUCUGCUGCUUCCUAUCUCGCGGCACCGCACAUGAUGGCGUAAGCACCACUUCCCAUCGACCGAUAGCUAGAAGAAUACUAACACCUGCGUAUCACAGUUACGUAGCAUCCAAGCACGCAGUUCUCGGCAUCACAAAAGUCGCAUGUAAUUCACUUAACACCUCAAACCUGACGACCUGACGGAAUCACACUGACUCAAAGCAGAUCUAGACAUGGCAAAACACAAUAUCCGAGUAACAGCCGUCUGUCCAGCAUACGUCAACACCCCAAUGUUCGAGCGUAGUAAAAAGAGGGUCCCGGGAUUGGAGAAAACGAUAGCGGCCGCAUCUCCAACGGGCAAAGCAGCAGAUACAGAAGAAGUCGCAAAUGUAGUAGUGUUUCUUUGCAGUCCAUCUGCAAGUUAUGUUAGCGGUACGGGCAUCAUUAUCGACCAGGUAUGUGCACGAGUUCUCUCUUAGAUUGCGCAGAUUCGCUUACAAGACCAUAACUAACAUCCACGGUUUACAGGGUGUGUCUGUGUCUGCGCGCAUCUGAGUCCAUGAUUACGGCAUCUUGAACCUGCGGAAGGCCAGUGACUCCUAGAUCGCGAUUUGCGAAAGUUGGUUUUCGGAGAGUACAGUACAUACAUGCCAAUAUAGGAGAUUUAGAAA